AUGGUGCAGGAUUUGGGGGGGUCCCGUGCCCCCCCUGUGCCCCCAUGCCAGAGCGACCCCCCCGGACCAUGGGCAGCCCCUCCCCCGUGGGGCCGGCCCCUGAGCGGGGGGCACAGCCCCGUUUGGGGCGUUUUGGGCCAUUUUGGGCAGUUUCGGCAUUUCGGGCAUUUCGGGGCGUUUUGGGUCAGUUUUGGGUCAUUUUGGGUGAUUUUAAAGGAGUGGAAGCUGGACACGCUGUGUGACCUCUACGAGACGCUGACCAUCACCCAGGCCGUCAUCUUCAUCAACACCCGCCGCAAGGUGGACUGGCUGACCGAGAAGAUGCACGCGAGAGAUUUCACCGUGUCCGCCAUGCACGGGGACAUGGACCAGAAGGAGCGUGACGUCAUCAUGCGGGAAUUCCGCUCCGGCUCCAGCCGCGUCCUCAUCACCACCGACCUGCUGGCCCGCGGCAUCGACGUCCAGCAGGUUUCGCUGGUGAUCAACUACGACCUCCCCACCAACCGCGAGAACUACAUCCACAGGUGA